GAGUUUGGGAGUUUGGGGGGAGGGAAUGCUCAGAGGGGGGCCCCUGACAGGAUGGCUGCAGGUUGGCAGUGGGGGGCCCUCUCUGCACUACUUGUCUUUUUGUGGGGUGUGCAUGGGAGAGAAGAGUGCAGAAACCCUCUAUUACGCACACAGGGCUUAAACCCACCACGACCAAGUCCCUGUGCCCUUCGCUGUGCCACACUGACUUACUACAAAAUCUUGGGAAGCGAGAGAAGAGGAAGCGUGCUGUUUACUGAAGCCAGCACAAGUAGGACUGUGUUUGAUAUAUGUGUGUAUGUGUCUAUAUCCAUGCUGCAUCAUCAUAAGUGUGAAUCUACUUCAAAAUGUUCUGGUAUGCUGAGCACAUGGUGCCAUGGGUUGUAUUCAUUUAAUAGCUGUAGGCUGCCAAUUCAAUUAUAAAGAAGAAAACUCAAAUUAAUUGACUUAACGAGUAAACUGACUUCCAUUUACAUACAUGUAACACAUGAAUGCUACAUUCUGCAGGAUAGGGCUUCACAUCUGCAUGAAGAAAUGGCAUGUGCCUAGGAAAUCCUGAUCUGGAAACAUCAGCCACACACAUGGUAUACAUGCCCAGGGCUCCUAAAGUUUAAUAUUAGAAGUCAGUGUUAUAGGGGAGAAAGUCUGGCAAUUGUCCAAAUUGAUCACUUUUAAAGAAGAGCUGUAUUUUAAUUCUCUAGUAUUUACCCCACUUCGUCUCAAUGACAUGUACUUGCCGCACUUGCACAUCAGGUCCCCAAUGUUCUUCUACGAGGAAGGCAUAUCCCCAGAAUUCUUGGGUAGCAUUCUUCAUGCAAUGUCUCCUGAAUAUAUCUCAUAAAAAGUGCAUAUAAAAGAAGUAAAAAAAAAUCGUUUAGGGUAAUAAAUCCAGAGAAAGAAAAGCUACACUGAUAACAGGGUACUAAAACAGGGUCUUUAAGUCCAUAACAGAGGGCAUCACAGAGCUCCCUCACUGCCGUCACACGCUGCAAGAUGACAGACAUACUCACUGACACACAUUCCCUACAGACAGACACACUCAUCUACAGACAGACACACACAUACACUCACCAACAGACACACACUCACCAGCAGACAUGCACACUGUUCGACACACACACACACACUCACUGACACACACACACACACUCACUCACUCACUCACACUCACACAUUUUUGCACACUCUCACAAAUUAAUUUAUUUUUUGAGGCUCAUCCAGUGUAGGGCUGUGUUGUACUCUUGCAGUUUCUCACUCCUCCCAUGCGCUGUGCACCCACCGAAGAUUGGCCAUGCCAUCCAGCUCCCCUAACUCUCCCUGGGUUCCAGUGUGGGGCUGUGCUGUAUAUGUCAUAUUCCAGCUCCCGGCAUCAAAGAGGGCAGGCAAGGGAGGAGUGAAGAAUUGCAAUAUAAGCGCUGUCUGUCUCCUCCCCCCAUCCCUCUGGCAUAUUUCGCAAGAGUAGGCACCUACCACACAAGUGAGCAGGUGCCUACUCUACCAUAAUAAAUUAGCACUGCAUCAGGGUAUAUCAUUUUUUUCUCUUAAUGGACAUGACUAGUUAUAUAUAUAUAAUACCUGUAUCCUUAUAGUACUAUCUCAGGGACAUUUAGUGUUCAGUUAGUUUGUUAAAUUCACUGCUUAGUGGAUAGCUGCUAAUGAAGGGGGAUGAAAACCUCACUGGCUGUCUGGAGGUGUGUCUGCCUCGAGUUAUAAAAGUGUCUAUUUCUAAACUGUAAGGGGAAAACAGUGCCUGGCGCUGAGCCUCCAUCAAUGAUGGAGGGAGGUGAAGUGCAGAAGCCAAUCACCAUUCCUACCAGUCAUUUGUUAGUUGAGAACAUCAGCUGAGCGCUCUCAGCAAUGAGCUUCAUGCUCAGAAUUAAAAUGAGCCUAGAAUUCUUGUUUUGGGCUGGCUAAUGAUGCUGUCAGAGGUGGAAUUACUCAUCUGGCAAGUAGCCUAACUAUCUCAGUAUGUGCAGCUUUUCUUACUGAAAUAUUGCGCUAAAAGAUUCCUUGCACUAUAACUGCUAUAAAACAUUGAAAUUGUCAUAGUGCUUAGAGUUACACUUUAAUUAAUCAUUGAGCUCACAGCCAUGAUUAGUUACUUGAGUUUAUACUGGAAGCAUGUGGAUAUCACACACUGCCAGCCUGGAUUCUGAAGUCCUGGCUGACAAAAUGCAGAUUAGUGCCCACAAAAACUUGGCACUCUGUUAUACUCCACAUAUAAGCACAUGUAGAGGGCAGGUGUAAAUUGGUUGACAACGUUGCAUUUGAGAAUAUAUCCAAGUAAGAAAAUGUUGCCUCAGUUUUGCUAUUAGUUUUUCUACAAUUCAUUAUUUAGUAAGUACUGUGAUUUAUUUUUAUUUAUCUGAUUAGUUAUCUAUAAUAUCCACAGCAGGAUCAAACCAGGACAUAACUGUGGUCCAAACAUUUUUUUUAACUUCAGGUUUCAGGAAUUAAAGGGAUAUCUGGUCCAAUAAAGCACUUUAGCUUGCUGAAAUGAUUUAUGUGUAAAGAGCGUGUCCUCUUAUUUUCCUUUAAAUAAAAAGUUCAGAUUUGAAUAGAAAUUUGUACUUUUAUAAAUUAACCUGGUUACACCCCUAUUGGCGUUCAAGCAGACAACAGGUCCUGAGAUACGUUUGGUUAUCUCAGUAGAGCUAAACUCAAGAGGCAGCAAUUGCCCAGAGCACCUGCCUUACAAACACAUCUCAUUGAGCUACAUUGGAAAACCUGUGAUUGGACAGCCAGAAAUAUGCAGAUAUUUCAAGCUUUAUUUAGAUAUACCCUUAGAGGAACUCUCCAGUGCCAGAAAAACAAACCCAUUUUCCUGGCACUGCAGGAUCCCCCCCAUCCCAUGCAGUGGCGGAUCCAGAGCCUGAUCUCGGGAGGGCAAUUUGUAGAUCAUUUAAAGAAAUAAUCCAGACACAAUAACAAACUGGCCAGCUCAGUGUAGUGGUUAUGGUGUCAUUGCGUUGUGGGACCCUCCCAGAGUAAGUAGUCAAAACCGGGCUUAAGAACAGUUUGACAACUUACCUUAUGGGGUCAGCUGGAAAAUGGGAAGUAGUAGGGCAGGAGCAGUGGUGUGUGUGAGUGGUGCAGUGUGUGUGUGUGUGUGUGGAGGGGAUGCGUGUGGGCAGUGUGUGUGAGGGCGCAGUGUAUAUGUGGGCCAGUAUGUGUGUAAUACGUGGCGUGUGUGUGUGAGUAUUGCAGUGUGUGUGUGUAUGGGGGCGUAAGCGCUGGGGCAGUGUGUGUGUGUGUGUAUCGGUAGUGUAUGUGUGUAGAGUGUGCGGGCGGGGAGCAGUGUGUGUAUGGGUGUGCAGUGUAUGUCAGGGAUGCAGUGUAUGUGUGUAACAGUUGCAGUGUGUGUGAGUAUUGCAGUGUGUGUGUAUGGCGGGCAGUAUGUGUGUAUGGGGGAGCAGUGUGUGUAUGUGGGGGCAGUGUGUGUGUAUGGGGGCAGGGCAGUGUGUGUGUAUCGGUAGUGUAUGCGUGUGUAGAGUGUAUGUAUGGGGUUGUGCGUGCUUGGGGCAGUGUGUAUAUGGGGGGGGCAGUGUGUUUAUGGGGGGCAGUAUGGGGGGCAAUGUGUGUGUGCAUGGGGGCAGUGUGUGUGUAUGGGGCAGUAUGUGGGUGUAUGGGGGGCAGUAUGUGUGUAUGGGGGGACAGUAUGGGGGCAGUAUGGUGUACAGUAUAGCAAAUGUGUGUAUGGGGGGCAGUAAGGUGUAUGGGGGGCAGUAUGGGUGGCAAUGUGUGUGUAUGGGGGCAGUAUGGGUGCUGGGGGGCAAUGUGUGUAUGGGGGCAGUAUGGGGGCAAUGUGUGUAUGGGGGGCAGCAUGGGCGCAUGGGGGUGCAUGGGUGGCAAUGUGUGUAUGGGGGGGCAGUAUGGGUGUAUGGGGGGCAGUGGCUGGGGGGCAAUGUGUGUAUGGGGGGACAGUAUGGGGGGCAAUGUGUGUGUGGGGAUCAGUGUAUGUGUGUAGAGUGUGUGAUAAGGGUAGGGGGGCUUUUUUUUUAAAUAUAUAUUUUUUAUUUAGUUUAAUAUAAAUAAUCAUUAUGUCCCCCCUCCCUUCUUACCUUUACUGGGGGGGAGGGGGGGACAUAUUUCGUUCCCUGGUGGUCCGGUGGGGGAUUCAUUGGUGGUCCCAGUGGUUACAGUGAACUCUAGCCCGCGCUCCCGGGCUAGAGUUCACUCUCUCGAGAUUUGGAGCGUUGCCGUGGUAACCGCGGCAACGCUCCAAAUCUCGAGAGAGGAGGACCCUGAGGAGCUGCAGACUAAGCUUCGGGUCCUCUCUCUCACUCCCUCCCUCUCUCCCCCGCUGGCCGCCAGCACGGUGCCUGCGGACCGGGGAGGGAGAUCUCUGAUCUCCCCUCCGGUCCGCAGGCACAUUGCAGGGCUAGCGCCUGCAUGUGCUGGCAGGGGAGGGAGAGGGAGACCGGCGGAUUUCUCGGGGGGAGCAAUUGCCCCGUUGCCCCCCCCGGAUCCGCCACUGAUCCCAUGUUGCUGAGGGGACCUGAAUCCAGUGCCGAUGUCCCCCGGUGCUGGGUCAGGCUCCGCCCUUGCUCCUUCCUGGGGAGAAAUUCUACUAUUUUGCUUAUUUGGUGAGUGUCCCUUUAAGGUUCAGGCCAAGAGUUGCAGUUUGAGUUAGAAGAGUGUGAGGAUGUGCUCUUAAAGUGUAUCUAUAUGACUGCAUUCAUUUUUUUUUCUUGGUGUCAGGUUCAGAGCAAUACUACUGCUGGUUCCUGUCUCAGAGAUGCCGCACAGAGGAAUCAUUGGAGAUGGCUUUCAUAAUGGUAGAUGCCAGUCCUCCACCCUGCCACCUCUCGAUUGGACCAAAUGGUUUUGAACAGCAGGAGCUCAGUCCAGACACAAACAACCAUGAACUGCUUAGUCCCCUCUGUGGCCUCCGAUUUGAAGUGACAUUGCCAUUCCAGAGGGCUCAAAACGCAGCCGAAUUUUGUGUACGUCAUGUGUGUCCUCAAAGAAGUAAAGACUCUUCCCAAACAAGGUCUUCAAACCACUGCCCACCAUUUCUGGUCACCUUGUGGGAUAAACAUGCCUACGAAACUACAGAAAGUACAUGA